GCUGUUUAGCUUCCAUACAUUGAUUCUGCAUACAUUCACGGGCUCUCUUGCAUUUCUGCUGCCAGAGGGCCCGAGCAGCAGCAAACAUGCUGUCGAAAGCAGGCGAUAUACAGUAUGAAGUGGUGGAGGAGGAGGGUACUGGCAUGCCGCUGCUGUAUGCCUACAUACCAGCGGAGCUUUCGUCCAGUGACCUGGAGGUGGUGCAGGGCACUGCUGCGGUGUCCAUCGAGCACAUAGCUUCGGACCGGGUGCUGGGCGUCAUCGAGCUGGCAGGCUUUGAGAUUUCGCAGGAGCCUGUGAAGUUCAGCAAGAAGCAUCGGAGAUACACCAUCAGGCUCCUGGCUGCGGCGCCGCCACCUCCCGCGGCGGCCGCGACCGCCGCCGGCCACUCGCCCGCCAAGCACCAGUCCGGCGUGGCGCCGCCGCCGCCCUCCGGUGUGGGCUCCGCCGCCGCCAGCACGGGCAACAUUUUUGGCCUGCUGGACAACGAUGACGUGUCGGACGAUGACGCGGGCGCCGGCGGCGAGGGCGCAGCGGGCGGGGCAAAGAAGAAGAAGAAAAAGAAGAAGAAGGGCAAGAAGGCCGGGGCUGGCGGCGAGGGCGAGGGCGACGGCGAGGAGGGCAGCGGCGUGCUGGCGGAGGCGGCGGCAGAGGUAGCGGCAGAGGAGGCCGCCGCGGCUGUCAACGGCACAGCGCCAGGCGCCGCCGGCGGCAGCAGCGGGGACGAGGGCACGGACAAGGCCGGCGGCGGCGAAGGCGCGACGGGCGGGGCAAAGAAGAAGAAGAAAAAGAAGAAGAAGGGCGGGGCAGCGGGCAGCGGCGGCAACGAGGCGGAAGUGGAAGCCGGGGAGGCGGGGCUGCCGGAGCGGCCCGCUUCCCCGCCGCCGCGCACGCUGCCUGACAGCGCCGCCAGCGGCGCCAUCAGCCGCGACUCUCGCUCGCCCUCUCCGCCUGCGCCUGGCAACGCCGCCGACUCCUCCUCGUCCUCGCAGCCGCCGUGCGGCAGCGCGCCCCUGUCCAAGUCGGGCUCGCGGCCGCUGUCGGUGAGCAUGGAAAGCGACUUCCUCCCGGCGGGCGGCGCCGCCUUCGGCGACUUCGAGGUGGGCGGCGCGGUGGACCACGACCCGCUGCUGGGGCCGGCGGUGCACAACGCGCUCGGCAAGGUGCAGGUCAAGGGCGAGGACCGCUGGCUGGAGGCACCGUCCAACUCAUGGAGCAUUGAGGGCGUUGACGGAGGCAUUACUGCGGUGUCGGCGUUCGGCAUCUUUGACGGCCACGGCGGCCGCAUGGCGGCGCAGCACGCGGCUAAGCACCUGCUGCCGCUGGUGGGUCAGUUCGCGGAGCGGGCGCUGGGCCCCGAGCCGCCCGCCUCUCCCGAGCAGCUGGCGGCGGACGGCUACCUGGACGCAGGCAUGGCGGCCCAGGGGCCCAACGGCAGCGGCGACUACGAGGCGGCACUGGAGCGGGCGCGUGUGGCGGCGGCGCAGGACGCGCUCAUAACCCGGCUGCCCAAGGCGCUGCACGCGGGCUUUGUCCAGUGCGAUGAGGACGUCAAUGCCAAGUACAAGCAGUCGGGCACCACCGCCACCCUGGCAGUGCAGGUGGGCUGGGAGCUGCUGGUCGCAAACGUGGGCGACUCACUCGCCUACCUGGACACCGGCACCGAGAUUGUGGUGAUCAGCGGCAACCACCGUGUCGCGGAGAACACGGAGGAGCAGGAGCGCAUCAUCGCCGCGGGAGGGCGCAUCAAGCCCGCCCGCUACGACGAGGACGAGGAGGACGGCCCCGGGGGCACCGCCACACCGCACGAGGGGCUGCAGCUGCGCGUGUGGCCCGGCGGCAUCAACAUGACCCGCACCAUCGGCGACGAGGCAAGCAAGGGCCUGCUCAUUCCCGAGCCCGCCGUCCGCCAGAUCAGCCUGCCCGUCACCGGCGCCCGCCUCAUCAUCGCCAGUGACGGCCUGUGGGACGCCGUGAACGCCAAGACCGUCAUCGGGCAGCUGCGCACCUGCAACGCGCGUGAGGCCGCCUCCAAGGCAGCCGUGUACGCCAUGCGCAACAAGAAGCACGACGAUGAUGUGACGGUGGUGGUGGCAGACUUUGUGCCGCGGGAGGCGGACACGCACGUGCCCGGCCUGCUGAAGAAGACGAACGGCCCCGCGGCGGCGGCGGCUGCAGCGCUGGCGGCGAUGGGCAUGCGCGAGGAGCGGGCGGCGCAGUCGUGGCGGCCGCUGGAGGCGCCAUCAGACAGCUGGCGGGCCCGGCACCGCGCGCACCGCACGCGCGCGGCGGCGUACCUGGAGCAACUGGCGGCGGCGGAGGCGGGCGAGGAGGCGCAGGUGGAGGCGCGGCAGCGGGCGGUGGCGCUGGCGGCGGGCCAGCAGACGGUGGCGGCGGCGGCGGGGCACCGGCCGCCGGUGUCGGACACGUACCGGGAGCUGGCGGCUCUGAAGCUGGACGUCACGGCGCUGGAUGCGCUGGACGCCGAGGAGGAUGACAAGGUCGAUGAGGACAACUGGACGUCGGUGGACAACAAGAAGAAGAAGGACAGCAGUGGCGGAGCGGCUCAGAACAUGCUGUCUGCCCUGGCCAGGGCUGCGCAGCCCGGCACCGUCAAGCCGGCUCCGGGGAGAGGCGGCCGCGACCGCAGGGACCGCGACCGCGAGCGCAAUGCCGGCAACCACAAGGAGCGGGAUGCGGCGGCCGCCAUGGCGGCCGCCGCCGCCGCCGCGGCAGCUGCGGCGCCGCCCGUCAUCUCGGCAGGGGUGCCGGACGCGGCGGAGGGCGGUGACAGGCGCGGGCCGCGCGGUGAGCGGCGCGACCGCCGCGACCGGGGCGGCGCUGGCGGCCGCGGACCUCGCGGCGGCUCUGCCGGCCGGCCGGCGGCGGAGGGCGCUUCGCCGACAGGCGCGGCACCCGCCGCGCCGGAGGGCGUGGUGAAGUCCGGCGGGUACCUGUUCGUGCCCAAGUCACUGCUGACAGGCGGCGCCGGCGCGGGUGCGGCCGGUGCGGAUUCCCAGGGCGGAGAAGGCGGCAGGGCGCGCCGCGACCGAGCCCCCCGGCCAGAGCGGGGAGGCCGCGGCGGCGGUGGUGGUGGCAGGCCGCGGGACGCCCCGCCGGCGCCCACCAGUGCUCCUGCGGACGGCGGUGAGGCGGCUGGGGAAGGAGCGAUGGAGGGCGGCGCUGCAGCCAACGGCGGUGCGCCCCGCAGGGACCGCGGGCCCCGGGACCGCAAGCCACGCGGCGGCCCCAAGGGCGGCCCCGCGCCUGCUGGAGAGGCCGGCGCCUCCGCCGCGGCGCCGCCGGCCGCGCCGGCUCCGGCCUCGUACCAGCAGCCAGUGGCGGCGCCGCCUGCGCAUUACGCGCCGGCGCCGACGCACCAGCCGCACCAUGCGGCGCCGCACCUGCAGCCCCAGGGGCAGCAGCACCAGCAGCACCAGCAGGCGCACCCGCAGCCGCACACCACCCACGUGCCGGUGGCUUCCUCCAGCGACCCCAUCGUGGAGCUGGGUGGGCACCACCGCGCCCACCACGCCCACCACGCCGCCCCGCAGCCCCACUACCUCGCGGCACCGGCGCCGGCGCCCGCCGGUCCCUCCUUCGCUGGUCCCAUGGACUUUGGCGCGGGUUUUGGCGCCGGUUUCAGCGCCGCGCCUGGCAGCAACCUGUGGGCGGGGCCCGGUGCUGCGGCAACGCCAGCGACGCGUGCUCCUGGUGGCCCCACCAGCGGCGGUGGCCGCGGCCGUGGCGGCGCGGCGCCGGGCGCGGGCCGCGGCGGCCAGCAGUACCGCUCGGGUUAGCUGGCUAGAAGGAUUGGUAUAGCCCGGGCUAAGCUGCAGGGCUUUGCAGCUGGUUGUCGUGGUGUUGGAGCUGGCUGGCAGCUAGAUGGCGUCAGGCAGGAAAGCAGGAUGACGUUGAAGUGUAUCGUUUAAAGAUGGUUUGUGCUGGCUGAGCACUCGUCACAUCUCAGGGCUGCACGGUUGUAUCAUGUCAAAGCAACGUGGCACCGAUGUUCCCAGCAGGCCUCAAGCGCCGACUGGGUCUGCAGGGGCAUCUUGCCCUGACCUUGGCGCAUCCGUGACUCUCGCCAGGGUUGUUGCGCGCCCACGUGAAGCAACAACGUGUCUGGUCGACGCCUGGUACAGGCGAUGACCAGAACGGUGUAAAAGUGCGAGCGCUCUUGCAGUGCUGAACAAAUCCGAAGGACACGCAUGCCUCGAUGUGGCCGGGCAGAUGCCCCUGGCGCAGCAAGUUCUAGCCGGACUGAGUCCCGUCGUACCAGCAUCGCAAGUGCCUGAAAGACAGUAUUGGACAAACCUCGAUGCUGCAUGCCCCAGAGGGAUCUGCAGCAUUAACAGCUUCGCAUUCCAGCUUCUCCACACAUUUCCUCAUCACGCCAAGUAACAAUCGUGAUCACAUGAUUCCAUCGGAAUCUCGAACGCUGUGACCCACACCUUGCGCCUGGCAUCGGGUGCCAACUAAGGCGACGUAGAUACAAUGAUUUUCUAUGGCUGAACCCGUAGUAAGCAAUCACCUGGCACUCCUCUUGUACCAACUCCACCUACACACAUGUUACUUGAAUGCCUGUGGCGAGACAAAUGGCUCAUUGAACUUUGGGCUUGACAAAAUAGGUCGCGACUUAGCGAACAUGCGCAUAUGCGUGUGGGGGCGUGGAUGUUUUCCCCCUUGACAGAGGUGGAGAGGCGGCAGGGUUCGCACUAACCCAGGUUGCGAGUGUGGAAGGUGCGUGUACGUAAUUGUCAGACCAGGAGGCAGUCAGACGGAGGCAGUCAGACUGGGGAUAGAUUACGUAAGUGGCAACGUUGCACGGAUGGUCUGUUACGUAAUUGACAACGUUGCACAUGGAUUCUAGAUCCGUGUACGACCAAUGGGGGUCGCCCCUGAGUAUUUAAGCGGCUGACCGCUUGUUGCUUAGGCAUAGGGCCGGGUGCUAGCCUGACGUAACAUACCAGGUAGCCAUUCCCAGGCAACACCUCAUCGCAACAUCACUGAGGGCACCAGACGGACAUUCCUGGUAGCCGCUCCUUAACCAAACACUUACGCACCAGUGGAUGGUCUUUCCCACUGCGCUGCUACUGUAACGGUAUAUGGUUGACUUACUGCCCCGUGCCGAUCAUCCCUCGGGAGGGAAACUGCCCAAGACCGCGGGACGCACAGCGGCAGCCUUCGCCAGCAAUCCACUUAGACACUACGCUGCCCCCCCCCUCU